AUGUCUGCCCGCUCGACCAGACGACGAUCCGCGCGCAACCGCGAUGCCCAGUCCCCGUCCGACGACGAACAACAGCUGUCUCAGGCCAACGGCGCCGUCACUAUGAACGGCAAUGGCUCUGCCCAUGCCGACCCCGUCACCACCACCACCAGCCAGGACAAUGACGACGAGGAGCGCGAAAACAUCUUCCUCUUUUGGCCCAACCUAAUUGGCUACUCGCGAAUCGUCCUCGCCAUCGCCUCGCUCUACUACAUGCCCCUCCACCCGCGAACCUGCGCGGUCCUCUACAGCAUCUCGUGCCUGCUCGACGCCCUCGAUGGCUACGCCGCCCGUGUCUUUGAGCAGUCGACCCGAUUCGGCGCCGUCCUCGACAUGGUCACCGACCGCUGUACCACCUCAUGUCUGCUCGUCUUCCUAUCCUCGGCCUUUCCCCGCUGGGCCAUUCUCUUCCAGGCCCUCAUCGCCCUCGACUUCUCCAGCCACUACAUGCACAUGUACGUCACGCUCGUCGUCGGCGGUGUCGACUCGAGCCACAAGAACAUUGACAAAAGCAAGAGCUGGCUCUUGAACCUCUACUACACCAACAAGACUGUUCUCUUUAUCUUCUGCGGUCUCAAUGAGCUCUUCUUCAUCGCCCUUUACCUCUUAUCCUUCUCCUCGCCUCUCCUCUCCCCCCACCUGAUCAAGUCGGUCGAGGAGUCCAGCGGCACCCACAUCCAGGCCGGCGCUCCGAUGAACGCCUCGUUACUCAAGCAGUUCUUCCCCGAUCCUUACAGCGCUGCCGCCCUCGAGCUCGCCCGCGCCAACAAGAUGGACUCGACCGUCCCCUGGAUCCUGGCCGGCAUCAGCUUCCCCAUCAUGUUUCUCAAGAACGUCAUCAAUGUCGUCCAGCUGGUCAAGGCCAGCAGAUGGCUCGCAGAGGUUGACAUUCAGGCUCGCAAGGCCCAGGGCCUGCCACGGAAGCCCAAGGCCAAGCGCGUGUAA